UAUAAAUAUUCAUGUGAUCGUAUCAGUGGACUGGAACCUCACUGGCCAUUGGUUUUACAGGAAGGGAACAAGCAAAUUAAGCAUGUUUAUCUCAAGGUGUUAACCAUUAAUCCACAAAAGGAGUACAAGUAUGCAAUUUUUCCACCCAAUUUAAACUCCUCUCACACCUCAGAGGGAACACACUCACUUGGAGAAGGUAAGGUACAAAGCCUUUUGUUUAAAAUAGGAGGAUAAUUGAAUAUGUUUGCUACUAAACUGAUUUAUUAUCCACCUUUAUCACUGCUGUUGUUGAGCUACAGUAUAUCCAGAGUUUGUUGUUGUACUUUAGAGACUUGAAUUGGAGUCAGUGAAGUAUAUAGGGCAUUAAUGAUACUUGUACACUGCACCGUAACCUGUGAUUUGGUAUUGCCAAAAAAAAAGAAGAAUCUGUAUCCUGUAUCUAAAAGAUAUUUGACAGACAUUAAGGCUCCAGGGAAAUUACAUAUUGUUCGCACCCAACUGGAUUUUACCAGACACAUGCUUUACUUCCAAAUCAAAUGUGACUUUAUUGGUCUUCUGUGCUACUUUUAAUAGUGGAGGCUCAGAUGUUGCUUCAAACAGUGUUGUACGUUGUUAUGUAUUUAAAUGCAUGUAAAAACUGUGAAAUCUAUGAACCAUUGUGGUGAAUCAGUAACAAGAAAGAAAUUGUGUUAAUUGUUGGGCUGAGGCCAUGUGAUUUGAAACGCUGUGAAUAUGCCACAUUUACAGGGACUCAUGGCUGACAGAGGAGCUACGACAAUGCUCAUCAUAGCUCUCAUAUUGAUGAUACUUUACACAUUUGCACCAUGCUCUGGGGCAAAUGUUAAAAUUGGUGUCCCUGAGAACUACGAUGGUAUUUUUCCAUGGUAUCUGGCCAAGCUCCAUAGUCUGCCAGGUACCUACAGCGACCUGGUGGUAGGGGGGGAUGAUGAGGGGAUAUUUGGAGUCGACGCUCAGUUUCUGUACGCUCUAAAACCACUGGACAGAGAGAAACGGCCGUCUUACUCUCUGCAGGUGUCCUUCAGAACAUCAGAGCACCGUCAGAGCUUUACUGUCGAAGUGUGCGUCAUCGACAAGAACGACAAUGUGCCCACUUUUAUAGAGGAGAGCAUGAGAGGCAGCGUGCAGCUCGGGCUUCUCAAAGGGAUCCCAUUCAUGCAGGUGGAGGCGCUGGAUCGUGAUGACCGCAACACUGCCCACGCUGAGCUGCGGUUCAGCCUCAUGGAACAGACACCCAGGAUUCCCUCCAGCCAAAUGUUCUUCAUCGGCUCCAUCACUGGAGAGGUUUCCCUCACGGAGGAAGGAGCCUCUACUCUGGACCCAGAGAUGUGCGGCCGCUAUAAGCUCUCAGUGAUGGUGAAGGACAUGGCUGGGAAGGCAAACGCUUUCUUCACCUCCGGCAUCGUUACUGUCGAGGUGACAGGAAACACGUGGGCAUCUCCCGACCCUGUACGACUUCAGGAGAACCUCCCCGGCCCCUACCCCAUCCCCAUCUCACAGGUCAAAUGGAGUGGAAGUCAGGCAGUGUACAGUUUGGAGGGGGAGUUUCCAGAGAUGCUCUUCACCAUCAGCAGAGAAGGAGUCAUUUAUCUCAAUGCCCCUCUGGACAGAGAGACACAAGACCAGUUUCAGAUCAGCAUUGUGGUUGAGCGUCCAGAUGGCAGAGAGAUUGCCAAGCCUGUGGAGUUGAGGGUGAUGGUGGGUGACGCCAAUGAUAACAGACCCACCUUUCCAGAGGCACAGUACCACACAGUGGUCAAGGAACUGGCUGCUCGAGGGACAGAAAUCCUGACAGUGCAGGCAGCCGAUAACGACGAUCCCAAGACGGACAACGUGCGGAUCUUCUACCGUUUAGUCGGACAAAUUCCAGAGAGCCCUCGUGCCCUCUUCAGAGUGGACCGUGACUCAGGGGUCAUCUCCGUCCAAGCAGACAGUAUGGAGGGCACAGCACCUCAAUACACCCUCACCAUCACUGCUGAGGAUGCCAAAGGUCUUAACAGUUCGUGCACUGUGUUUGUGACGGUGCAGGAUGAGAACAACAACCCGCCAGUCUUCUCCCAACAUGAGUAUGGGCCCUUUCACAUUCCAGAGGACGCUCCAGUGGGCACCACAGUAACAGCUGUGCUGGCAGGGGAUGCAGAUGUUCGAGGAGGAGACAGCUGGAAGGUGGAUUACCGUUUAGAGUCUGGGAACGAGGAGGAGGUCUUUACCUUAGUGACAGACAAGCAGACCAAUGAGGUCUCACUCAUCCUUUCAAAGGUCUUGGAUUUUGAGCGGGAGAGUGAGUACAUCCUCGUGCUCAGUGCUCAGAACCCAGUGGCUCUGGUCCGUGGCCGAUACGGACCUGCAUCCACGGCAACAGUCUCCAUCUAUGUCGACGAUGUGAACGAAGGUCCAAUCCUGUCUCAAAGCCAUUAUGAGGUGACUGUCAGAGAGGGCGAGGAACCAGGACGGGUUAUCGCCACCAUCCGAGGUUACGACCCUGAUUCUCACCCAAUCAGAUAUUCUCUUCAAGGAGACACCAAGAAAUACUUUUCAAUAGGGAAGUAUUCUGGUGAACUGAAGACGGUGCAGGCCUUGGACCGAGAGGAGAACAGCACAUACACCAUGGAGGUCAUUGCAGUGGAUGGGCGAAACUCUUCCUUAUCUGCGUCCACCCUGGUGACUGUCCAUAUCCUGGAUGUGAACGACAACAGUCCAGUGCUGGUUGGAGACUAUUCCUGGAAGUACCUGUGUACACCUCGAUGGGAGGAACAAGCUCUGGUGCUGGCCUCGCGGGACAGUGAUGGGCCACAGCACGGAGGACGACUCAACUUCUCCCUGCGCAGUGAUGUCACAGUCCGGCGUAACUGGAAGCUAACACCUAUAAAUGAUACUCACACCAACCUGUCCUUAAACACCCCAUACCUGGCCCCUGAGGUCUACACUGUGCCCUUCACCAUCUCUGACAGCAGCUCUCCUCCCAGGAGCACCUUCAUAAACUUGCCAGUGACAGUGUGUCCCUGCAACGUCAGAGGGAACUGCAAAAUGGCUGCCAAGCAAUUGCAGGGCAUGCCAACUAUUCAGUCUGCAGUGGGGAUUCUGCUUGGCACCUUUGCAGUCAUAGGGACUAUCCUCAUUGUUGUGUUCGUGAGGCUGUCAUACCAGAAUCCCAAACAGCCGAGCAAAACUAGCCAGGAGAGAGUUCCCCUGAAGAUUUCAAUCUAAUUAGGAUUACACUGUAUUGUAUGUCCUGCUCACUGCCUCAGCCAACUGGACCAAUGUCACAAUGUUUUCAGUGCACUGAAUUCAUUAAGUGAAUGUCUAAAAAUGAAUUUGGUUUCAGUUAUUGGAUCAAAGUUCAGAUGUACACUGACGUGAAAACAAAAUAUCAAGAUUAUUAAUCAAGAUGUGUAAUGUAUGUUAAGUGCUUAGGUUUGUGCCUGGGAAAUGAUGUUAACUUAUGUUUUAGUUUGCAAACAUUUUUAUUGCUGUAGAAUAUGUUUAAAAGUGGUGCCUAAUAGAACAACAGUCUAGGGCCAUGGUUUGGAAAAUUGAGAGAUUUGGAGAAUAAAGGUAUAAUAUUAAAAGAGAAAAGUUGCUAUGUUUCAAGAAUAAAGUUGUAAUUUUUUAGAAGAAAGUCCUUUUUUUAGUUUAAAGUCAUAAUAUAAAAAAGUUGCAAGAUAUUUAGAUGACCUUUUGACCUUUUCUUAUUA